AUGAAGCUAUAUCCGUGGUGGGCCGUGGUGUGGGCGAUGCUGCCUGCUGCAGCCAUGAAGCUGGCGCAGGAGUUGGACGACUCCGCGAUGAACCUCCAGACGGACUCUGUAUCGAGUGGCUUGCUCGCUCGCGCAUCCACUGCUCUGGCUUCGGACGACGGCAUGAACACUUCCAGGGACGGGUCUCUCGACACUGUGGCGGCCAAGAAGAAUCCGUUCAAGUUCGUGGGAAGUAUCGCGAACACUGUCAAAGAUGCUGGCAGAGUGGUGGCAGAUGCAGGCCUGGAGAUGGGCAAAGCCGCCGCCAACAGAGCUGUCGUGAUCGGGAACGGGAUUUUGGAAUCGCCACGGCAAAGCUUACAGGAGGUGGGCGAUGUCCUGCUGCCAGACGUGGUGGUGGUGGGUCCCGCUUUGGAGGUGCGUAACGUGUUUGACGCGGUCCGAGAUCCGGGUCAGAUUGUUGUGGCUGCCACGGUGGACUUGGGAAGCGGCAUCGUGGAUGAGGUGCGGCAAUCGCUGCAGGAUGCUGCUAACCGCGGCCUGGUACUGGCCGAUCAGGUGGGUGGAGUCCUCCAACCUUUCGUUGGAACGGCCCUUGACGCGGUGGGACCUUUGGCGGCGGGUUUGCCAGGAGAUGAUUGGAACCGACUGAGGGGCUUCGUCGACUGCCUCCAAGAUACUGAUGGCGGCGGCCGUCGGCCGCUGUGUGAGAUGCUGAUUGGACGCGAUUGCGAUUGCAGCGGCGGAAGCUACGUGAGGCCGUCUACAGGUGGUGUGCAGAUGAAGUGCAUCUUCAAGGCCACCUCCGUCUUUGCCAAGGGCUACGGCAUCCGGGCUACAGGCUCUGUAGACAGCUCGGGAGAAACCACUCUCGACGCCAACGUCCUUCCAGGAGAGGAGUUCGAGCAGGCCCACAGAAUGCACAACCAGGCUCUAAGGCUGCGGGAGACUGUCAGGCAGAACCAGGGGACCAUGAGAGACGUGCAAAGGGACCUGGCCAGAGGCAGACAAAGGAGUCUGUCAGAUUACCAGAAACGGCAGCCUGCAGGAUCUUGUGAGGGUUCACUCAGCGUCGCCGUGGAUGGGGUGAUACAGUGGACCUCCCCAGAGGUUGAAUUAGACGCCACGGCUGAGACCACAACGUUCACCGUCCGUGGUAUGGUGAGGGCGUCGAUGGAUGCGCUGGUCACGGCAGAGGGUAGCUGCUCCUACAAGGCCUCAAAGGGAUUUCCCAAGAAUCCCAAAACCAAGACAUUCUGUGCCAAGGCAUUUUGUAUCGUUCUGGCAUUGCAGAUGGUUGCGACGCUGGAGGUGUCGGGCACCCUUACCGGGACGGUCGAGACUUCGCACGACGCAGAUUUCCUGGUUGUGGCCACAGGGAGUGUCAGAAGGGACGGCUUGGGGAAGGCCCGUGAUGUUCAAGUUGAAGUGAGCAGUCCGCAGCUUCAGCACCAGGAAGGAUGGGCGGUCGGGGUCAGCGCUUCAGCUUCCGUGAAACUGAGCGCGGGGCCUCAGCUGGUGGUUUGGCCUAUGCCGGGAGUCCCCAUCACCUUCCAUCCGGCGAUCCAUGCCGAAGCCAAAGCCAUCGGCACGGUCUUUUACCUGCAAGAACCACAGCGUCCUGGCUGGGCUGGGGGCUGGGCCCUGAUCGAGCAGUCUGCGAACACGAGCUCCAACAUGACCUCCGUUCGCCAAGAGCUCCAGGACUUUGCAAAGGCGACUCCUCAGUUGCCCUUGUGCGGUGCGGCAGCCAUGACCAUCUACUCGGACUUUGGGGUCACCGGCUUCAACCUUCCGCCUCCGCUGCGGGAGAUUAUGGACAGUGACUUCUUGGCGAGAGCCCUAGCAGAUGGCAUGGCAGAAGGUGCGAAGGCGAUGAUGACAGCCAUGACCGGACCAGCGCAAUGCGGCGGAAGCCACAUGAGGUACGUAGUAAACAGAGCCGCAGAUGUGGCUGCCAAAAAACUCAAGGGCCUUAUUUCAGCCCUGGGCCUCCCUUGGCAAUUCCCGCUGGUUCAGCUGCUAAACCCUCAGCGGCUGUUUUGCGCAGUGGUCUACACGAUUCCAGCCGAUAAAGACGAGUUCAACAGCCGGCCGUGUGCGCAAGACCUCGGGUGCAAGACCGCUGGCCAGGUGCCCCCGCCCCCUUCCGAGGAGGCUGCGACCGUGCCACCGGAAAAUGUUCAUCAGACCCCACAGCGGACCGAAGCGGCGCCGACGUGCCACAAUCUCCCUAUGGGUGAUGGCUUCAUCGAGCUUGGUGCGUUCCGCCUCGGGGUCACGGGACAUGGACACCACGGCCAUGAACGCCUGGUGAUUGCGCACAGGAAUGGCCUGGUCCCGGUCUUCUGGACGGAACACGGACAUGUUGAGCACGGUCCACACAAGUGGGAUCACGGGCUUUGGACCCGGUGGCCUGUUCCGGGCGGAGCCGCUAACAUCAAGUUUGGCUUCCAGUUUAUCCAGAUUGGAGACUUCCGCAUCGGUGCUGUCGACGACCAUCACUUCUCGAUUGCGCACCGGCGCACGAUGAUGACCGCCGUGAUCUACACAGCCGAUGGUGUAACGCACCCGGGACACAACCAUCGGAGGGACUGGAAUGUCCUUGACCGUCCCGAAGGACCUCCAGCUGGCCUGACAUUCGGAGAACGGUUCGUGCAGUUCGGCAAAUUCCGGAUCGGCGAUACGGACGGGCAUCAUUUCUACCUCAUGAGUCCCCGCAAGCACUUUAUCAGUCUCUUCCUCGGCGAUGGCGGUGUAAACUCCUACCGUCCGGGCGUUGCUCAUGAAGGCCUUCUUCGCCUGCAGCAGAACUUGCUGAGGGAACCUGUCGCUGACUGGACAUGUCCGGACUUGGGGGAGCUGGCGCACGGAAACUGCUCUGCGAGCUGGGGAGGUUGGGGAGACAGGUUCCUUCAGCUCGGGAACUGGCGAUUGGGUGCCCUUGACACUUCGGGAUUUGUCACAAGAACGGCAUGA